AUGGUCAGCUCGUCAGAAUGUACUGCACGCCCAGGCUACAACAUUGCCAUCAGUGCCUGCGAACAUGCAGCCAAUGGUGCGUUGGCGCUGGACAUAUUGCGGCGCCUCGGCAGCACCAAGCUGCGUCCUACCACCGUGUCUGUGAACUCUUGCAUCAGCGCCCUCCAGAAAGGCUCGCAAUGGCAGCUCGCCCUUGACACACUGUGGUCGAUGCCCAAGCGGAAGCUACGUGCGGAUGGGGUGAGCUUCAACGCCGCCAUGGCCGCCUGCGUGACGGUCGGGCAGUGGCGGCUCUGCCUAAACCUGCUGCAGAGAAUGCUGGACACGGGGCUCCGUACCGACCAGGUGAGCUACAGCACGGCGAUGAGUGCGUGCAGAGAGGUGGGAAAGUGGCCGAUCGUUCUGGAUCUGCUUCAUGCCAUGGAAGCAGCCAGGUUGCCUCCGGACACCACGGCUUGCAAUGUGGUGAUUGCUGCUGUAGCGCGU